GAGUGGUGUUUAGUUGAGUUUGAUUCGUUGAAGAUGUCGGUUUGAGGUUCGUGACGAGUGCGCACAGAAAUUGAAAAUAAAAACAGAUCGAGAGGGAGAAAAAGAAGAUCGUACCGACAGGGAGAUUCGAGCGGGUGUGCUAACGCGAAACUGAGGAAGUAAACGAAAUUACGGUGUGUUCCGAAUACGGCCCCCGUUGAUUUGCUCUGGUGGUGUGAUCAUACGCUCAGUUCAAAUUCUUCGAGUUUGAUUACUUGAACGUUGAUGCCACUUUAAGGGAAUGGUAACAAGUUCAACAAAGUAUUAGAGAGAAUUUGAAGUGGGAUCCUGUGCUACCAGGGCGUGUGACUGUGUGGUGUGCUGAAGAUUCAAGUCCGGUUCACAGGCCUGCUGAGGAAUUCGCGAUCAAUGAUCACCAGUGAGUGUGGUAGAAUAACCUAGUGAACGAAGCCAGCUUUCCAGUGUUUUGGAAGAUCUGCGUCCACCGCGAGCUGGCAGGCAAGCACUGUGCGUGUGUAGUUGUAGAGAAAGUACCCUAGAAAACCCGAAGUAAGCAACCCUCUGAGUCAAGAUGCCCUGCAGUGCAGUAACGUUGUCUCUCGCGACGAUAUCCGCCAUCAUUGCCGUUGCCCUGCUGGCAAUCGCCUUCUCCACAGAUAAUUGGCUGAGCUACGAAGUGAAGCGGAAUAACAUACAGACAUUUAUAGCCAAGCAUCCGGACGCGUCAUCGCUCACAGAUGCACUCAACAACAGGCUUAUCUACUACACCCGGACACGUGGGCUCUUCCGGUACUGUUACCCGAAAGAGAAACCUCCAGCGUCAGCUGUUCAAAUCUACCUCUCGCCGGUGGAAACGCACUGUUCCAACAUCGACUACUUCCCGCUGACCGAAGAAGACAAAACCUCCACGGCAUUCAACGAAGACAUCAUGGCCCGUCUGCAUCUGGCUCGUUCCGUCAUUGCUGCUUUCAUUCUCAGUUUCAUUGCCAUCUUUUGCGCCUUCUGGACUGGCCUGUCCGGCUGUUGGAAACGUUCGGCCGGUGCCAUUACGGCGACUGCAAUCCUGAUGCUGACUGCUUGCCUACUAGCCGCCGGUGCGAUGGGACUCUGGCAUACCGUCGAGUUCUUCGAGAAGGAAAAGGUCGUCGGCGAUGACUACUAUCAGAGCUGGACAACGGUUCUUCGAGACAACACUCGCAUUUCGUACGAUUGGUCUUACAUUGUUGCUUGGGCCGGCGUUGCAUCCAGCUUGCUAGCAUCGAUCCUCCUUUCGGGAGCUGCCGUUUGCCUGCGAGGUGAACGCGAAAAGGAAGAACAGCUCAACCUCCAGUAUCUGAUGCCAGUGUAUCCCCAGAAACAGCCUCCUUACCCCUAUGGUGGUUUUCCUCAACCUCAGCUCUACCCGCAGCCAUAUUAUCACGGAUCACAGUACGGACCGUACAACUACUAGACGCAAACGGAUGAGUGAUGUUUCUGCAACCUCUGACCUCCCUGAUAUGCUGUUCUUGUUCAUAACGAGUAAAGAUUUACAGACAAAACUCAGUGAGAUCACUCGAAAGAUCCCGAUAACGAUGUGAGAUAGUCUUAUCGCUUAACACAAUCUUUAAACAGGCUCCUUUAGAGUCAAUGAACUCCGAACAAGUCUCCUCAAUAUCUCCAACAAACAGUGCUCGCGCUUUGAUUUUCCGCACAUUUCUUUGAAAUGAGCAGAUGAGUUAUUGUGGGAUAGCGAAAGUACGAAACUUUUACUCAACCGUUUCUUUUUGUUUUUCAUAUACCACCUACCUGGAUAUCGUCUUCCUUUUCCGUAAAUUACUAUUACAAUUUCACAAAACAAAAAACAUGAAUGUUUGUUCAAGUGUCAUUCUAUUGAUCGAGACUAUUCUAUUUGAUUUUAAUUUUAACACUGUCUAUGUUUAAGUUUAGACAUUUAUAUUUUAAAAUUGACGCAAAUCAACGCAACUAGACUGUAAGGUAAGCUGAUUGAUUUUUUUUGUGAAAAAAUGAUGAUAACGACAGGCAAGAAAGUAAAUGCGUAAUGCUCGUUUGUAUUAUGUAUAGGAAGUAAUUUAAUGAUAUGCUUUAAGAAAGAGAACGUCAAGAGAAAUAUAUUUUAGUUAUAAACCGAUAAA